AUGUCGUCCGAUGAGCGCGAGAUUACUGUAACUGAAGAAAUAAUCACGACGCGCGACGCGGAUGGCGUCGAGAUUGUCACGAAGAAGACGAUCGAGGUUUGUCGCAACGAGCGACCCACGGCGGACGCGCUCAAAAUUGACAUCGAACAGUUGAAUUUGGAGAAAUCACUGGACUCACCUUCGGGUAGCACCUCACGGGCCGGCUCAUCGGUGUCGGCGACUGCGAGUCCGAUGCAUCGAAACACGACGUCGCAACACGGCGGUUUGUUCGUCUCAGCACCGGGCAAGAUUAUUUUGUUUGGCGAGCAUGCGGUUGUUUACGGAAGGACUGCUAUUGCGGGAUCAAUCGACUUGAGAACCUAUGUUUCGCUGUUCACAUCGGCGGACGGCCGCAUUUAUCUGAGUCUUCCCGAUCUGGGUGUCGAGAAGACAUGGAUGUUGAAAGAUUUGCUCAAAGCUGCUGAUCGGCUUGCUGCUGAUUAUCCUAUUGAAGAGGAUCAGCCGCCAUCGCUUGAGAUUUUGGUUCCUAUUGCUAGAAAAUUGUCGGGUUCUUGUGAAGAUCAAUGUGGUGUUCAACACCUCGCGAUUCUCGCAUUUUGGUAUUUGCUCCUUGGUGUAGCGCAUCGGAAAAGCGGACUCGCUCGAUUGGCUCGCGGACUUCCACCGCCGCCACUACCGGAAGGCCUUCAUCGCACAAAUCUAUCGGUUAUCGGUGGCGGAUGUGUAGGCAACGAUGGAAACGGUGGCGAUCGUUCGGAAGCCGAGAUCGCGCUCUCGUUGCCGGUACCGCCGCUCACGCCGCUCCCGUCGCCCGGAAUUCAAACGCAGGCGCCGCAAUUCCCUUCGACGAACAUGUUGCCCGGGAAUGUUCGACCCGAUAGUCCGGCGGUUCAACAAGAUUUGCUCGCAGUUAAAGCUACGGUUCGAUUCAAACUGCCUAGUUGUGUGGGUCUCGGCUCAUCGGGAGCCUAUUGCGUUUGCAUUGCGACAGCAUUGUUACAAACUGCUGGAUUGAUUCCACCACCAUCGAUUCCUGCUGACGAGCAGGGCAAUUUGACUUGGGAAGAUGAUCAUCUCGAUAUGAUUCGCAAAUGGGCGACGGCUGCUGAAUCAUUGAUUCAUGGCCGCGCUUCGGGUCUCGACGCCGCCGUAUGCACUUAUGGCAACCACUAUUGUGACUAUGGCUAUCAAAGCUUUACCCACCUUGGUCACGUAGGAUGUUUCGGAGGUGUUGCCAGUUUCAAGCCGGGCCAUCGAAUUGAGCAUUUGAAAAACCUUCCCGACCUUCGUGUGAUUUUGGUGAACUCGAAAGUUGAACGCAACACGGCGAGAAUGGUUCAAACGGUUAAGGAGAGAUUAAAGAAGUUUCCUGAUGUUGUCGAUUCAAUGUUUGCGUCAAUUGAUGCUAUUUCGGUGGAAGCUGCGAAAAUUCUUCACCGGCCAUUGAUUGAGGAGAAUGGAGGUGGCGAUGCACCGAUGGAAAAUGGAACUCUUGGUGGACAUGUGAUUGAGCAUGAUCAUCAUUCGUUACAGCCGACGCGCACCGCCAGUGUCCGCUCGUCGUCGCUUUCAUCGUAUGUCGGAGGCGGGAAACGCAACUCAUCGGCUUCGGUCAUUUCGGCGACAUCCGAAAAAGGAGAACUUGUCGACACGUUUAGCAAGCUCAAUGAUUUGUGUCGGAUAAAUAAUCAAUUACUUAUUGCUCUUGGUGUUGGCCAUCCGAAAGUUGAUCAGAUUUGCACAACACUAGCGCGAUAUGGAAUUCAUCCGAAAAUGACUGGAGCCGGAGGCGGUGGAUCGGUGUUCGCGUUCUUGAAGCCCGACACUCCUCAAACCCUUCUUGAUAUGAUCGAUAGCGAAUUGCGAAAGCUCGGUUUCGAUGUCUGGCAGCCGCCACUUGGAGGACCGGGAGUCAUGGAGCACCAGCAGCGCCCAGAGCUUUUCCAGACGCCUGUCACGUCAACAGCAUGCUCAACGCCGGCGUCGAAACAUAAAUAG